AUGUUAUUAUUAACCAAAACAAUGUUAUAUUCUUAACAUCCUUAUUACUACUUUCCCUUCUAUCAGCCUUAAGUAGUAUAUCCAGUGUUUUUUUUCUCAGUCUAAGCCUCAAAUCAAUAAGAACCUUUAAUCGAACCAUCCUUGAUUACAAACAAUGAUAACCAUCCAAACCAUAUUCAAUAAUCUAAUCACGAUACAGAGGAAUUGAUAAUUGAAUAGGAUGCUAAGAGUUCAGACACAAAAAAUGAGUCUAAAAAAGAAAGAGAAAUAAUAAAUAAGAAAAAGACAAAAAAUACUAAAACUCCCUAAGUCUUAGACUCAACUAAUCUCCAUAAGAAUUUUACAAAAGCUCUUAUAGCCUACGCAAUCAGAUAGCAAUUCUUAAUAUAUAAAAUAUUGGGAGAAACCAAAGGACAAGAAUUUCUUGAAUUGAUGCACACUGUCAAGAAUAAGCUCUGUAACCUCACUCACAUUCUCUAAAUGACUAAAAACGAUGAAUUCCUAAAAGCUUUUAGGACUUUGGGGUAUUAUUUGUUUAAUUAUAUUUAGACUUAUUUUCCACAAAAAAGAGUCGGUUCCUUAUAUCUACAAUUCCAAAAUUCAACAAAAAACUAGUCAUUUGAAGCAUAAAGUCAUCAUCAAGAAAGCCCUAUUAAAAAUUUGA